UAAAGAGUUAAAGUUGUUCGUGUUUACAAAAAUGGAAAAUUUAUUGUUAAUUACAUUAAAUAAUGCUAUUUCUUUGGCCGAAACUAGUGCCGGUAGUAAUAGCUUAAUAAUUGCAAAAAAUUGUAUAAAGAAGCAACGGAGAUUGGCUGUCUUAGCUUGUAGAUAUGAAAAUAAAAGAAGAAUUCUAAAAAUAAAAAGAUUUUAUAAGAGUAUUCCGAGUAUGCAGAAUGAUGUGUUCUAUUCACAUUUUCGAAUGGAAAAAUCAACAUUUAAGACUCUUCUAAACAUGUUGAGGCCAUAUUGGGUGCCAAAGAGCACUGGUCGUAUUGGAGUUUCACUGGAAAAGGCGCUCUAUGCAACUUUGUGGAAACUGAGCCACAACGCAUCAUUUAGAGAUGUUAGCAACAGAUUCGAUAUGGCAAUGGGAACCAGCUAUAAAAUAUGUAUUAAAACCAUAAAAACAAUUUGUUGUUUAAAAAAAGAUGUCAUAAAAUUUCCGACUACUGUUGCAGAACAAAAACAAAAAUGUGACGAAUUUUCAGCUAAACGCAGCCAACCGUUUCCAAAUGUCAUUGGCUGCAUAGAUGUUAUGCACAUUUCCAUUUCACAACCAGUCAAGGACAGUCUUAGUUUUUAUAAUAGCACGGGGAACUAUUCAGUUGUUCUUCAAGCAAUUGUGGAUGGUAACCUUAAGUUCAUGGAUGUGUUUAUUGGCUGUCCAGGACGUUGUCAUGAUGCCGCUAUUUGGGAAAUGAGUCCGAUUAGAAAGUCAAUAGUUAAGGGCGAAUUAAAAAUUUGUUCCGGCUGUCAUUUAUUAGGAGAUUCCACAUAUCCCUUAGAAAGCUUUCUAAUGGUUCCUUAUAAAGAUAAUGGUUCUUUAACACCGAAACAAAUUAAGUAUAACAAAAUUUUAUGCUCAACGAGAGCUCAUGUAGAGCAGGCGUUUGGAAUUUUGAAGAAAAAAUUUCGUAUUUUGAAGUAUAUUGAUGUGCACCAAGCACAUUUACCAAAAACUUUCACAUUGGCUUGUAUAAUUCUUCAUAAUAUUAUUAUUGAAAAUGAGGGACAUGAAGCCUGCGUCAUAAGCGAGGAAGAAGGAGAUGAGGCGUUUAAUGGCGAAAACAGCUUUUCACAAUUACCAACUGCAAGUCAACAGAGAGAAGAAGCCAAAAAUAAACGGGACGCCAUUGUCACUUUAUUAACUACAUAAAUAAAGAAAUGACAACAUUUUUUAUUAUAUAAA